GUCUGGCCCUCUCUGCUCCGUCAGAGCUCAAGGUUUAUCGGACACCGUACCACUCCAUCCCUCAAUCUCGACACUUCUUCACAGUUGGCGCCCACCUGCGUUCUCCACACACACACACCUGACACCUAUGUCUUUGCAACAGGUGGACGCAGGUGGCAAGCGAGCACAGCAGCGUCACACCACUUGCUGAAGAUCCCUCCAGUGGAUUUUCCCAAUUCCGCUUUCAUUUUUGAGCUGACUUGAGGAGGACUGAAGAGGUUCAAGCUUCGUUUUCACUGCUGCCGUCUUCUUCUGGUGGAGAGCCUCAGCUAAAUCGCAACCAUGUGGGAGUUCCGCUCCAUGAGUUUUUGGCGGGCAGUCUUUGCAGAGUUCUUCGGGACCAUGUUUUUUGUAUUUUUUGGCAUGGGUGCCGCCCUCCGUUGGAGCGCCGGGCCUCAUCAUAUCCUACAUGUGGCCUUGUGUUUCGGACUGGCAGCUGCCACCCUCAUCCAGUCCAUCGGCCACAUCAGCGGCGGCCAUAUUAACCCUGCCGUUACCUUCGCCUACCUUGUCGGGGCGCAGCUGUCUCUUUUCCGCGCCUUUUUCUACAUCAUCGCCCAGUGCCUCGGCGCUGUCGCUGGGGCCGCUGUGCUGUACGGGGUCACGCCUGGCAACAUGAGGGGCAACAUGGCAUUGAAUACGCUGCAGCCUGGCAUCAGUCUGGGAAUGGCCACCACUGUGGAGGUGUUCCUUACCAUACAGCUCGUGGUGUGCAUCUUCGCUGUGACGGAUGAGAGGAGAAAUGGCCGCCUGGGUUCCGCCGCACUCUCGAUCGGCUUCUCCAUCACCAUCGGACAUCUCAUGGGGAUGUACUACACAGGUGCUGGCAUGAACCCUGCCAGGUCCUUCGCGCCUGCGGUGCUGUUCAGAAACUUCCUCAACCACUGGGUUUACUGGGUUGGACCCAUGAUCGGCGCUGCCGUGGGUGCCAUCUUGUACGACUUCAUGCUGUUCCCACGUAUGAGGGGUCUUUCCGAACGCCUGGCCAUGCUGAAGGGCACUCAGCCCCCGGAGAGGGAGAACCAGCAGGACGCCCGCGGGGAGCCCAUCGAGCUCAAGACACAAGCCUUGUAAACCUGCCCUCUCGACACGCGAGGGACAAGACCCUGCACCGUUGCUCCCCAUUAAGCCUUCACUCAUCAUCACACAAGACUUACAUAAAGACUGAGAACACAACAGUCAGGUCCACAACAAGAGUUCUCCUCCCAUCCCAGACCAUACUCUGUGUUCAGACUUGGUGAUAAAGGCUGCUUCUGUGAUGUAGAGGAACAUGCAAACUGGCAGAGAGGUUUUGGGAGUGGGUGGUGUUGGAAUAGGGUGGGGUAGGACGCAGGGUGAUAGGUCACUGUGGGUUUGUUUUCUGGUUAGACCAGUGAAGAUGGUUUCCUAUACGCAUCACAUUUAUAAUCUCCAUUUUCGUUUUUUUUUUUAAGUUUUAUUUUCAUUUCUGCACUUCAGACGCAAGACGUGGAUGUAUGAUUCAAUUUGACCAGGAUUUUUCAAAUAGCUACAUUUUAUCUGUGCGUGUGUGAGAGACGGCAUUGUUGGUUGCAUGAGAGUAAACGUGUGUGUGUGUGUGUGCGUGUGUGUCUUUGCAGGAGUGUGUGUGUGUGCGUGUGUGAGAUGACGAUUGCUGAUGCAUCAUUUUUUUUUCAUUGCAGCUCUUCUGUUUUGUACCAAUCACCUUUUUCGUCAUCAUGUUUUUAAGACACGACCAUCUCCCCUCACUGUGAUAUUUGCUAUGAUAUGGAAUUUUUACAUAAACCAUCGCUUUUUUUCCUGUGAGCCAGCGCAAGCAAACAAAAUGUUGAAUUAGUCAAUUGGAGAAACGUGAGGUCUCGUCACUGGAGACCAGCUGUUGACAGCUUCAGAUUGAGUCUAUUGCUAUUUUUUCAUCCCCUUACUGGGAUUAAAAAAACGGUUUCAAUAAAAUUUCAGUUAUAAUAAAUAUGCAAGUAUGA